UAGAAAUAGAAUGCAACUACAAGUCCAUCAUGAUGGCCAAGACUUUUCAAUUUAAUGUGCAAAUUCUUAAAUCUACGGUCAAUAGGUCUAUGAACAAAUAUCAAAUAAGUUAAAUUUACAUUUAGAUUCUUUUGAUCUUUAAAUUUGCUCAGAAUUAGGCAAUAAAACUUUAGUUCAUCAUUAAACACUAGCAUAGCAAAAUAUUACAAAUUAAUAACUUACUUCAUUGCUUGUUUAGGUUAAGUAGUAAUAGAGAUAUACAUCAGAAAAUACUUUUGUUAAUUCUAAUAAAUAAUUUCAAGGAUUUCAACCACCUGCAAAUAAUUUAGGACUAAUUUCAGGACCUAUUUAAUUUAAUGGUAAAAUAAUUAAUUAUGAUUCAAGAUUAAAUGCUCGGAAAUGUUCAAAAAUAAAAUUAAUUUCCUUUUUAAAACUAAGAUCCAUUUAAUCAUUCAGGCUAAUUGAUGCAAAACCCAGCUCUGGGUGGCUUAGGGUCAAACCCUCCUUUUCUUCCCUAAAUUUUAUAAUAAGGCCCGCAAUUCACACCCAAUCAAAAUUAAUUUCCACCAGUUCCAAUGAAUAACAAUCAAUUAUCAUCAGCACCCCACUAGAAUACAAUGGGAUCACCUGGGGUUAUGGUCACCAACGAUCAACUUAACGCAUCUACAUCUGCAUUUCCAAUUCCUACUGCAUAUUAAGGACCUUAAUUUCCUAUAAACUCACAAUAUCCAGUUAUAGCUUCAAUAAACCCUCCUUAAUUUCAACUUCCAAAACCAACCCUGAAUAGCCAAGGCAUAAAACAACCAGAUAAAUAGAUUGAGAAAUUAAAAGAAAAUUAUGAAGAAUAAAUCGACAGUUUAAAAGAGACCAUUAGAAGGUUGGAAAAUUAAAUAAACUAACUAAAAAAAGAAAAUUAAAAAUUGAAAGCCGAUAAUGAAGAAGAGCUGUUUCUACAAAAAUAAGGACACACUAAUGAAUUAAAUAAGUUUUAGGAUGCUGCAAACUAUACGAAUUAGUAAAAUUAAACGAAAGUCAGACAACUAAAUGCAGAAAUAGAAGACUUAAAGUAUAAUAAUAUUUUAUAAAUUUUAGAGAAUCAUUGCAUCAAGUGGAAAGUGAUUAUAACAGAUAUAAACAACAAUGCCUUCGAUAGACUGGAACUAAUAAUUAAGAAGCAUUUGCAUAGUUUUAGAGCUAAAUAGAAGAAUUAAGAGCGAGAAAUACCUAAUUAACUAGACAAUCGAGAGAGAAGGAUUAAAAGAUAUCAAAUUUGGAAUACGAAAUAGAAUAAUUAAAAAAACAAUUAGAAAGAAGAAUAGAUAACAAAUAAUAAAUAAAUUAAUCAAAUUAACAUGAAGAACUUGCUAAACUUAUUAGAGAGUAAUCAGCAAAGCUUUAAAUGCUCAAUUCUAAAGUUGAUGAGUUAGAACAUAAAGCUUUUGUAGAAUAAAAGAAAAGAGAGGAUAGAGAAAAAGAAAUUGGGAAGUUAAAAGAAACUGUUUCUAAUCUAGAAACAUAAAUUGAAUUACAAUCAAUUGAAAUAAAACAUGAUAAAAAUAUCAUAUAAUACAUUCAAGAAGAAGCAAAUAAAAAUUCUAAUGGAAACACGAGAGCAUCAUUUAUUCCAAAUUUAAGUUAAGAAGUACAAAGACUUCAAGAAAAUACAUAGCGAGAAAUUAAUGAAAGAAAGAAAUAGGAAGAAGAGAAAAAAUAAAAUGAAUUGUAGAAAUAAAGAGAAUAGGAUGAGGUAAGAAGGUAAGUCAUAAUUGCGAGGGAUUAAUAAGCAAAGAUUGAAAAAUAGAAAAAGGCUUGCAAAUUAAGAGAAGCCAUUAUGAAUUCAUAAGGAAUUCUCUAAGUCGGACUACUUGUUGAUGUAACAGGAUCUAUGGACGAAUAUAAAGAUGCAACAAUGAAUAUGAUCCAAAAAACUAUGGGUUGCAUUAAAAAUUAAACAAAUCGAGAUUGUGAAUGGGGAGCUGUUUGUUAUUAGGAUUUUGCAGAGUUAAAACAAAGAGGAUAAUAUAUGUAACAUCAUUUUACCAAGGACUCAAAUACAAUGAUAAGCUUCUUAAAGAAGAUUGCAUGUGAUGGUGGAGAUGAUGGUGCUGAAGACUUAAGAAAUGGAAUUAAAUAAAUGAUAAAUAAUUUGAAAUGGGAGAAAUAUUUUAAAAUCGCUUUAUUAAUCUGUGAUGCUCCAUGCCAUGGUAGAAAAUGGGCAGGCAAGGUUUUGGAUGAUUAUCCAGAUGAAGAUUUAGAAGAUGCUUUACAAUUAUUAAUUAAUAAAAAUAUAGUCUUGAUUGGAAUUGAAUUCUCAUAAAAUACAGAUGUUAUGUUUGCUUAAAUGAAAAACUUUUAUGCAAAAUAAAACAAAUAAUAAAUGUUAAUUAUAGUGGAUUUAAAAAACCGUAAACCUGAUUAAAUUUAAGACUAACUAAUAAAUAUUAUAUCUGAGGCAUCCAUCUCCAUUACUGAAGUGAAUUAAUAAGGAACUAAAACUAAGAAAUAAAAUUAAAAAAAAGAUGGGGCAUUUGAGGCCUUAUUUAAGUUGUUACCUGAUCCAACAAAAUUCAAUUUAGAUCCUAAAAUAACAACUAUCGAAACUAAAUUUAAGGUGUUUCGUGUAGAAAUUAAUUAGUAAGCUUUUGAAAGAAAUAUUUCAUCCAUCUUCAAAAUUAAAGUGCCAGAAGAUUAUACUGUAACACUUGAAAGUGAAUGGAAUUGCAUAAGAACAUUAAAGCCAUUUGCUUUUGGGCAACUUAAAGAAGUUUACCUGAUGAAAAAAUUGAAUAGUUAAGAGGAGGUUUAUGUUAUUAAAAUGCCAAUUGGGUAUUUAUUCUAUUUAUUUCUAGAGGUUAAACUUAUAAAACCAGAAAUGAGGCAAUCUUGGAAUGCAGAUCCCAUUUGAUUUCAAAAAGCCUAAUGCAAAAAUUUAUGUUGGAUUUAAAUGAUAAAGGGUUCUAAGAUAUUUAAAUUAAGUAUUCAGAUUUCUUAAUCCUUUAAGAGCACGAUAGUAUAAAUUAUUAUAUUAUUUUUAGCAAGCUUUUGGAUUGCAGAAAGAUUUUUCAAGGGAGACUUUGUCAAGUUUAAUAAUAACUAUGGGUAUAUUAACCCAAAUAAUACUCUAUUAAACAAUAUAGCUUAGGUGUUUUCUUAUUAUACAUAUCAUAUUAGUGAAUUUUAAUAUCUAAUUUGCGAUGUGUAAGGAGUUGGUUGCAACUUCACAGAUCCAGCAAUCAAUACAAGUGAAGGAAAUUUAGAUGAAACGGACUUGGGCUAAGAAGGAAUUGGAUAAUAUAUUAUUUCAUUUGAAAAGGAUAAAUAAACACGUUAUCAAAAAUACUUAGAUAUGUUAGAAUUAAAGGAUUGAUUCUUAUACAAAUAUAUAUUAAAG